GAUUUCCCUUGGAUUUUCUCACAUAUCAUUGAAGAAAAUGGUAGAGCCUAGAGCAAAUAAGGUUGUUGAGCAAACACAGAUUUGUCCAACAGCACCCUCUGAUCGUAGAAGAAGCAGAACCUUAUCUCUUCCCCUCACAUUUCUUGACUUGCCUUUGGCAGGUCCAAUUUAUGUUAGACGCCAAUUUUUCUAUCAUUUUCCUCACACCACUCACCAUUUCUCCGAAACAACACUCCCUACUCUCAAACGUUCUCUCUCUCUCACCCUUCAACAUUUCUUCCCUCUCGCUGGAAAUCUCCUCUGUCCACCACCACCCAACAAGCCCUUCAUUCUCUGCAAUGAUGAUGACUCUGUCACCUUAACCAUCAUCGAGUCUUCAGGGGAUUUCAAGCAUCUCUCAGCCAACCACCCCAAGAGUCUCAAAGACUUGGAUCACCUUGUUCCAAAGUUGACUUUCACAACCAUGCAUGAUGACACUUUCAUCUUCCCAUUAUUGGCUUUGCAAGCCUCGGUUUUCCCCAACCAUGGCAUCUGCAUCGCCAUCACGUAUUGCCACGUGAUGGAUGAUAGUUGUUGCAGUCAUUUCAUGAAGUCUUGGUCUUCCAUUUGUCGAACCAAUGGAGUUGACCUCACAUUUCUUGAGAAUUCACCACCGUGCUUUGAUAGGGAAGUGUUGAAAGACCCCAAUGGACUCGAGGCCAUUUUCUUAAGAGAUUACUUUGAAGCAAGAUCAACUUGGAAGGACAAACUCAUUGGUCAAAGUGGUGGUGAUGAGGACUAUGUUAAAGCAACGAUUGUGUUUGGUAGAGAAGACAUCGAGGGGAUGAAAAGAUGGGUACUCAAUCAUUGGAAGAAGAGCGAUAAAUUCAACACGCCGCAAUAUCUAUCAAAAUUUGUCGUGACGUGUGCUUUUGUGUGGUCUAGCUUGGUUAAAACAAGAUAUAGAGAUGAUGAUGAAAAUGAAGAGAUCAAAGAGGAGUACUUUCGUUUUGCAGCAGAUUGUAGAGAUCGCCUUGAGUACCUUAUACCCGAGACUUACUUUGGGAACUGCUUAACGUUGUGUCAUGCAACGCUUAAGAGAAAGGACCUCAAGGGAGAAGAUGGUUUUGUGAAUGCUGUUAAGGUCAUUGAAAGGGAAGUAACUGAUAUGAAAAAUGAACCCUUUAAAGAUGCAGAAAACUGGAGGGCAUCUUUUACAAAGAUGUUUGUGUUGGGAAGUACGUUGCUAGUUACAGGGUCACCGAAGUUUACUGUUUAUGAGACUGACUUUGGAUUUGGAAGACCUACUAAAGUGGAGAUGGUUCAUUCAUUCAAGGGUAUGUCUCUUGCUGAAAGUGGAGACAAAGAAGGAGGACUUGAGGUUGGCUUGGUAUUUAGGACCACGGAAUUUGAAUAUUUCAAUUCUAUCAUUGAACAAGGACUCGAAGCUUUAAGAUCCUAAAUGUAUAUGUGCGAUUUAUUUGGAAAUCAAAGUCUAGCUAUAUCCAAAAUAUAAUAUUGGAUGGAAAAUGCUACUCAUAGUCUUAAGAAAGACGCUUGCAACGUGGGUUUUUUAUUAAUAAAUUAUGGUUGAUUAUAAUU